AGUGCCAAGACAAGACAAGACAAGACGUCGUUUUCUCCAGAAACGACCUCUGUUUUCUCUGCGCAGCUCACGAAUGUGUAUUUGUACAAUAUCUAAUUCAGCCUUCCUCUCAUCUGAUGUCUUUGCCUACGACUACCUUCCGGACCUUGUCUUCUCCGCGUGUUCAGCGACAGCUCACUGCGAAACCUGCCACACUCCUGCCGUUCCUCUAUCAAACGCCAACGAUCCAACAAUGUCGCAGUAUUCGUACGCCCCGCCAUGAAUCUAACUCUACCGGUACCCCAUUUGAUUGGGUUAACGGUGAAAAAAGCGCGGGCGAAACCCUUCCACCGUCGAUUGAGGAAGUAGCUUUCCACCGGCAGCGCCCAACUACCAUCACGGACACCGAACGCAAGGCUUUCCUAAAGCUAUAUAACAAUCUUGGGCAAAGCGCAUCGAGCAAUGCCCCCGCAUCUCAAGAUGAUGCAGCUACGACCUCAGAAGGAUCCAAAGCCUCUCCAAAGCCUCUCGAUACCAUCUUCCAAAAUGUUCUCCAGAACAGCGUGUCAGCUAGGGAUAAAAACGUACAAGCACGAGCGCAGCGUAGCAAAGCCUUGAGUUUUGCAAAAGAAGCGAGAUCGAUGGUACCGAAGUUCGAUUCAAGGACGGUCGAGCUGAACCAAGAGGACGCACACCGACUCCAGGGGCUGCGGAAGCUACAAGAAGAGCAGUACAAGAGGAUCACCGAAAUGCUGUCAGCUACGAAGACCGACACAGAGCUCUGGGACAUCCUGGAUAGGGAAGUGCUUACUUUGAUCCGUAAUCUUGAUUUGGAUGGGACAUCUGCAACAAAAAGCAAGAAGAAGCCUAGGACCAAGGGGAAGAAAUCUGCGGAAACGAGCUCCACGCCCACAAUACCAACAGAAGCAGAACCAACAGAAGUAGAACCAACUGCUGCCAGUCUCUCCGUCAUCGGCCCCAACUUUUCCUCCCUCCUCGUCACUGCCGUCCGUCAGCUCCGCCAGGAAUUCCCAAACUCCUCCCUACCCCUCAAUCUCAUCCCGACCGUCAAAGCCCUCGGCCGCGGAGCGUAUGUGCUCGGCGCUAGUACCCUCCUCUACAACGAGCUUAUCAAGAUGGCUUGGAUAAAAUACGCAGACUUGCAAUACGUGGAGGAGUUGAUUCAGGAUAUGGACAACGGGGGUGUAGAUUUCGACGAGAACACGCUCGAGAUGCUCGACGCGAUGAAUUUGGAGGGACAGGAUGCGCGGGGUCAGAAGUAUGGACAUCUCGUCGCAGCGGUCUGGAGUUUGGACCGCUUCGUUGGCGGAUGGGCGAAGCUAGAGAGGUGGAGGAUCACGAUUACGGAAAGGUUGCGAUCGGAUGCGCUCAGGAAUGCGAACUCAGGGAAGUUGGCACGUUUCGCGCGAGGAGAUUAGUCUGCUCGGACUUAGGUGCUAAUAGCAGAGCGUCUCAAUGUAGUAUUAGAAUUGUGUAAGUAUAUGAAACCACGUUUUCUUAAACAGUAUAUAGAGCGUCUAGAGCUGGAACUGAAGGUGAACUUGACUGCCGGAUUGCCGGGGCCUUUACCUAAGUAUCAUCUUAUUCUCCCCAGCCUCUGUAAUAGUCGUUGGGUCUUUAUCCUCAUCAUCGCUCCUGUAAGUAUCUUCUCCUAGGUAAAGGUUCAAGUUAUGCUCGCUCUCUCCUCGUCCUCGAGAGAACAUUUUCUGCAUUCUCGCUAUGUUCUCAAGCC